GUCUUUGUCGCAAUUUUUCAGGCUGCUCAAAGAAAAAUUCAUGUUGGUGGUGGCUGUUCUCUUCGGUGAAAAUUUUGAAAAAUUGUUUCCGAUUCAAUUUAUCGUGUCAAUCUCUGUCCUCGAGUGUCGUUAAUGUUCUAUUUCUUGGUGCGACAUUUAGCCGAAUGACGAUUUUGCCGAGAGUUCUAAAUACGAAAAGAAUUUGUGAAUGAAGAGGAAAUAACGGAAGAAGAGCAGUGUGUAAAGGAAUUAAGCAGUGAAAAAUUCGAUUUUACAAAAUGUCGGAGCCAGACGCAUUAAACAUCGAUCAUCUGAUUGCUAUGCUAUUGGAAGUGCGCGGUGCCAGGCCAGGAAAAAAUGUUCAGUUGUCGGAAAAUGAAAUACGAGGCUUGUGCUUGAAAUCUCGGGAAAUUUUCUUGUCUCAACCAAUACUGUUGGAACUGGAAGCACCGUUGAAGAUUUGCGGUGACAUUCAUGGUCAGUAUUAUGAUUUACUGCGCCUAUUUGAAUAUGGAGAAUUUCCACCAGAGUCAAACUACCUCUUUUUGGGUGACUACGUUGACAGAGGAAAGCAAUCACUAGAAACCAUAUGCCUCUUGCUUGCGUAUAAAAUUAAAUAUCCAGAAAACUUCUUUCUGCUUAGAGGAAACCAUGAAUGCGCCAGUAUCAACAGAAUUUAUGGGUUCUACGAUGAGUGUAAACGACGUUACAACAUCAAGAUGUGGAAAACAUUCACCGAUUGUUUCAAUUGCUUACCGGUGGCAGCAAUUGUAGAUGAAAAAAUCUUUUGUUGCCACGGUGGGCUUAGUCCCGAUUUGCAAUCCAUGGAGCAAAUUCGUCGUAUCAUGAGACCAACGGACGUUCCUGAUCAAGGAUUACUUUGUGACUUACUUUGGUCGGAUCCCGACAAGGAUACCAAAGGCUAUGGCGAAAACGAUCGUGGCGUUAGCUUUACUUUUGGCGAUGACAUUGUCGGUAAAUUUUUAUCUAAACAUGACUUCGAUUUAAUCUGCCGGGCUCAUCAAGUGGUCGAAGAUGGGUAUGAAUUUUUCGCAAAGCGACAACUUGUGACACUAUUUUCAGCACCCAACUAUUGCGGCGAGUUUGACAACGCAGGUGCAAUGAUGUCAGUGGACAGUACGUUGAUGUGUUCUUUCCAAAUCUUGAAACCGGCUGAUAAGCGCAAAUUCCAAUACGGUGGAAUAAAUUCUGGACGACCUGUUACACCUCCAAGGGGCUACAGUAAGAAUAAAAAGAAAUAAGCUGAUAGCGAAAAACACAUUAUAAAUUUAAAAAAAGCAUACAUACAAGUUGAAAAAAAUUAAUCUACAUGAUGACUUAUGUAAAGUUAAUUCAAAUAAUGAAACUUCGAGGAGACACAUACGACAUUAUUUAAAAUUAAUUUAAAGGAUAGAUUGCAAAAAUAAAAUUCACAUAACGCAAAAUGUUUAAAAAA